AUGGGUAAAGGAAAUUGCCGUUUUUCCUUAAACUCUAAACUCUCCAAGAAGGCUUUAUUUCAUAUAAUGAGGCUGGAAAAUGUGGGUUCUGGUUCCGACUCUGACACUGGUUUGAUGUUUUCGGGUCAGUUUGGAAUGCUAAAGUUCAAGCAUGUCUUCUUUAGAAGCUUUGUUGGUUCCAAUGGAGCGUCCCAGGUUGUGUUCGCCUUCCUGCUGAUUCCAUGUUGCUUGGCUACGGAUUUCAGAGCAGCCCCUUUUCUCCCAAAUAUUUCUUUUCUCUGGGGUUGGAAUGCCCCGACUGAACCUUGUUCUAAAAAGUUCAGUGUUUCAAUAGAUUUGAGCCUCUUUUCUUUAAUAGGAAACCCCCAAAAAGAUGCCAUAGGACAACCCAUUACAUUAUUUUAUGUCGAUAGACUUGGAUUAUAUCCUCAUUUAAAUAAGCAUAACCAACCAGAGCAUGGAGGACUCCCCCAGUUGGGUAACUUAACAGCGCAUUUGAAUAAAGCUAGGACAGACAUUAACACAUACAUACCAAAAGACGACCCAGGCUUGGCUAUCAUUGACUGGGAAGAAUGGAGGCCUAUCUGGGCAAGAAACUGGAAACCUAAAGAUAUUUACAGGAAUAAGUCUAUUCAGUGGGUUCAGCGACAAAAUCCAGGACUUUCUGCCAUUGACGCCUCCAACAGAGCCAAACAAAAUUUUGAAACGGCAGGAAAGAAUUUCAUGAAAGAGACUUUAACAUUGGCAAAAUCCAUUCGGCCAAAAAACUUAUGGGGUUAUUAUCUUUUUCCUGAUUGUUACAAUCAUCACUAUACUGGACCCGUUUACAAUGGGAGUUGUCCUUAUAUAGAAAUGCGAAGAAACAAUGAGCUCGGCUGGUUGUGGAGUGAAAGCACUGCCCUUUAUCCAUCCAUUUAUUUAAAUACCGUUUUAAAGGAUUCUAUACGAGGGGCACGCUUUGCCCGGAACCGUGUUCUGGAAGCCAUUCGGGUUUCUGGAGUACGCAACGCUAAAAGUCCACUUCCGAUUUUUGUAUAUGCUCGUCCAGUUUUUACUGAUGUAUCUUCAGAAUAUCUUACAGAGAUGGACCUUGUGAAUACAAUUGGUGAAACUACUUCUCUAGGUGCCUCUGGAAUGAUACUAUGGGGAAGCUUCAACUUAAGCCAGACUGUGGACACCUGCAGGAAACUACAGGGUUACAUGAACACCACACUGAAUCCUUACAUAAUCAAUGUCACCCUAGCAGCCAAAAUGUGUAGUCAAGUGUUUUGCCAGGAGAAAGGCGUUUGCACAAGGAAAGACGUGAAUACAGAAUCCUAUCUUCAUCUGAACCCAAUUCAUUUAACUGUUGAAUUGGUGGAAAAUGGACAGUUCACAAUAAAAGGGGAACCAACAGUUGAAGACCUGAAACUCUUUGCAGAUCAUUUUAUCUGCAGCUGUUUUGCAAACAUGGCCUGUGAGAAGAAAGUUAAUGUAGAAACAGACACUAUUUAUAUUAACGUAUGCGCUUCUAAAAAUGUUUGUCUACGUACUGUUCUGAACCCUCGAAACGCGACCUCUCCGAACUCAACAAGAGAAAUAUUGCAUUCAAGUACAAGUUUAGUGCUUUUUUUAUUAUUUUUAAUUGUUUUGGAAAAUGAACGCUUUGGCAUGCAAACAAGACUUUGA